CCAAGGUCAUGCAGCCAAAGCUGAGUCUGACCCCUGUGGUCUCCUUCCAGCUCGGGACUUGUCUAAAGUCCUCCCUGCAUCCCAGCAGAGGGGCGCCUGCCCACCUGUCUUCUAGAGGGUCAGGAGGUUGACAGCAGGCACCUGUUGGCCAAAUGGAGCCUCCCUGAGGUUUAUUAAACCCUUUGCCCCCCAAAAAAUAGUGAGGCUCAGAGAGGGCCUGAGGUGCCCAAGGUUACACAGCAUGAGCCCAGUUCUCCUAUCUUCCACCUUUCCUGGCAGGCACCUUUAAGACCUGCAGGGCCCUUAUUGCCCCUUCCAAGUCACAGCACUGCACCUUGGUGCCUUGGCUACCGGAGAUGGGCAGAGUUCUGGGUUUUAUGAUCCAUUGUACCUGAGGAGGUCACCUCACAAGAGCCAGGACUCAGGGCCAGCCCUGGGAGGGGAGCUGCUGGGGUUUCCAGUGCCAGCGCACUUGCUCUGUGACCUUGGACAUGCUCCUUGGCCUCUCGUAGCCUGAGUGUCCCCCUUUUAACAUGGGGCUGUUGUAGGGUCCCCCCUAGGUGGUGCCUGUAGAUCUAUGUUUUCUUUUUCUCUCUCAUGGGGGAAGCACCUAGGUCACCUCGGGGCACAGCAGGGAUUCUGUUGGAGUGUGUGUCUCCUGGAUGCCUGAGACACUCGGCACCCCCACCUGUCACCUUGUGUUCCAGGCACUUGGGAGACCAUAAACCACCCUGCAACAGCCGUGGUCAGUGGAGACCAGAGGUACAGGCUUGGGUGGGGGCCAGUGUGAUCCAAUCCCAGCCUGGCACUGAGGUCCACUAAGGGAGGUCACUUCCCCUCUGCCACCUUCAGUUUUCCCAUCAGUACAACGAGGAGGUUGCCUUCAGCCCAACAGUGUCAUUGUGAGGAUAUACUCAGUGGUUCCUCAGGAAUGUUUGUUGAGUGCUGUUCAGUGUCAGGGCCUAGGGGGAGCCCCUCCUGAAUGCUUGUGCAGAUGCCCCUUAGGGUCAGGGCCCCUUCCCUGAGUUCACAGAUGUUGGCUAGACUCCAGCCCUACCCCAGGUGCCCUGUGUGACCCCUGGCAAGCCUCUCCCUUUUCUGGGCCAUCAGAAGGCAGGUCAGAGGGGGUGUGAGAAUAAACUCCCUCAGCUCAAGGCCCCCCAGGUCGGGGAUUUAGUCAUCUGCUGGUACCUAGGGGCAGUGUGUGAGGGGGGAGGGGGAAGGAGAAGACUAGUUAGGCAGGCUGGAGCCAGGUGUCCUGUGUUCAAAUCCAUCUCUGCUGUGUGCCUGGGCAAGUUGCUUUUCUCUCUCUCAGCCUCAGUUUCCUGACCUGUAAAGUGGGGCAGUGAUCCUGCCUCCCAAAGCUGUAAGAAUGGAUGUUGAGAUGAUUGAGAUCAGACUUCCCCUGUCCUUAGGGCCCAAGGCCGGAGCUUGGAGCACCAAAGUGCUGGUGCCACCUGGAGAAUCUGGCACUUCUGAGGAGUGUGGCCAAAGGACCAGCCCCUCCAUCUGUCCUCCCAGCAGGCUGUGGACGGCCACUUGGUAGAAGCGUCCCCACCCACACCUUUCUGGUUUAACUGGAAAAUAAGGCCUGGUCUUACCUCCCAUCAGGAUGUGUUUGAUGGGAGGGAACUGGCCAGAUUUAUGGGCACAGGACAUGGGCCUCAACAGGCCGAGCACCCUUUUGGGGCUUCCAUGCAGAGCCCUCCACCUGCUCAGGCUGGGGGUGGGAGUGGGGGUUGUGCCAGUGCUCCAGGUGACAAGCAGGCCUCAGGGAAGGGAGGGGGAGAGGUCUGGAGGCAGAGAGGAGCAGGCCUCUCAUGGGCAUCUUGGAUAAGCAGGUAAAGCCUGAGCAAGGGCAGGGUAGACAGUGAGGGGGUUCUUUGAAGCCUAGCUUUGCCUACUUCAGUGAGGGAAGCUUGUUCCUUCUACUUCACCCUGAAUGGUUGUCUUCCCUGGGCUUUCUCUUGGAACUCAGUGUUGGUGUCGGGGCUGUACUUCCUGGCCCAUGACAGCACCCAAAGCGUGGGAACAGGGUGAGCAUGAGCUCCACCCAUGAGUUGGGGGUCAGAUGGGAUCCCCAUGAUCUCAUCCUCCUACCCUACCCCCCCCCCCCACACACACACACACACACUUCCCACUGGGCCUGCAGCCUUCCUGCCUCUGGCCCUUUAAGGCUGGGUCAGGAAGCCCCUCCCCAUUUAGGGCAAUAAAUGGACACAUAAAAUGGCCGAGGGCCUGUUUGCUGGUGUCUGGCCAGAGAGAGGCCUGUGAGAACAGAGGGGCAGGGAGUGGGCUGACAGUGGGCAGCUAGCAGUCACUCAGGGCCUUUGGUGACACCCCCCCCCCCCCAAUCAGGACGCUGAAUUCCUGUCCCAUUAAACCCCUGGCCAGGGACUCGCCAGGCGGGGAUUGGCACCAAGUCAGGGUAGGGUAACCCAUCGGGACCAACCUUGCAACACAGGCUGUGUGCCAGAGAGGGGGCGGGGGCGGCCGGGUGUGGGCCUGGCAGCUGAACCUGGGCACCAGGCUUGCUGUGUGCCCUUGGACCAGCUGCCCACCCUCUCUGGGCCUGGUUUUGCUCCCCUGGCUUCUUCCUCAGUCACCACAACCCACUUCCUUGGCACAGAGUAGGUGGUGAGGUGGCUGGAAUAAUAUUCAGAAAUGAAGUUCAAAAAGCUCCUCGUUCGUGAGGGAGGAGGAAAACAGCCUUAUUGAGGAUGCAGUAGCACACAGUAGGUUUCCAGGCAACAUUUGUGGAAUGGAUGAGAGGGACUCUGGACCUAGAGCACUUCCAGCCCCCUUGCCACUGUCAGGAUCCCUGAGGAAACUGAGGCACAGAGGGGUGUUGCCUCUUGUCCAAGGUCACCUAGCUUGGAAGUGGAAGAGUUGGGGUUUGGAUCUGGGCUGCCAUGUCUGGCACACAGUAGGUGUUUAAUGUCUCUUGAGUUUCUUUUUGUAUUCUCUCUGGGUGGGGAAGUGCGAGGACCUUGACCCCCUCAUGAAGCUGCCCCCAAACACUCCUCAAGGAAGGCCUUGGGUGGCAACUGCCUGCCCGCCCUGCUGCUGGCCACCCUCUUUUUUUUCUGAGGAGUGUGGGUGGGAGGAGGAGGCCCAGCCCCAACCCUCACCUUGUGCCUGACUUUGGAAAGCCUCCUGUUAACGCAGCCUUCUUCCCCAAGUCCCCUCUCCCAAGCACUCACCUCUAGGCCUUUGCCUCUGCUGUUCCCCAUGCCCAGGACACCUUUCCUAUGAUCUUAGGGUCCUUCCUGGGUAACACCUGCUGCUCCUGGGACCAGGUCAAGGGAUUCUUAACCUCACCUCAUGUCCCAGCUGUUGAGUGGCAAUGGUUCAGGCUAGCUCAGGUCAGAGAGUCUAAGUCCCCACCUGGCUGCUAGUCUUGUCAUCUCUCCGAGCCUCUCCUCAGCCCAGGGCUUUACAGUGGAGAGGAUGAGAAAUGAAGGUGCUUGGUUAGUUUCUGAAAGUUCCCAGGUACAGAGGAGGGCUCCCAGGAGGGCUGAUUCCCAUGUUUAUUUAUUAUAUAUACUUUGGUGCCCGCCCCUAGCAGAAACCAAACCUAGGACUCUGUUCCGUAGGCCGACACUCCAACGGCUGAGCCAAACCGGCCAGGUCCUGCUUUCUUGGAAAGAAGCUUCAGCAAGUGAUCCUAGGUCUCGGCGCGGAAGAUGGCCGGCGGCGUGGACGGCCCCAUUGGGAUUCCGUUCCCCGACCACAGCAGUGACAUUCUGAGUGGGCUUAACGAGCAGCGGACACAAGGCCUGCUGUGCGACGUAGUGAUCCUGGUGGAAGGCCGUGAGUUUCCCACGCACCGCUCAGUGUUGGCGGCCUGCAGCCAGUACUUCAAGAAGCUGUUCACGUCGGGUGCUGUAGUAGACCAGCAGAACGUGUACGAGAUUGACUUCGUCAGUGCUGAGGCGCUCACGGCUCUCAUGGACUUUGCCUAUACAGCCACGCUGACUGUUAGCACAGCCAACGUGGGUGACAUCCUCAGUGCCGCCCGCUUGUUGGAGAUCCCCGCUGUGAGCCAUGUCUGCGCCGACCUCCUUGACAGGCAGAUUCUGGCAGCCGAUGCGGGUGCCGACGCCGGGCAGCUGGACCUGGUAGAUCAAAUUGAUCAGCGAAACCUCCUCCGUGCCAAGGAGUACCUCGAGUUCUUCCAGAGUAACCCCAUGAACAGCCUGCCCCCCGCAGCCGCUGCUGCAGCUGCUGCCGCUGCCAGCUUUCCAUGGUCAGCCUUUGGUGCAUCUGAAGAUGACCUGGAUGCCACCAAGGAGGCUGUGGCCGCUGCUGUGGCUGCCGUGGCCGCAGGCGACUGCAAUGGCUUGGACUUCUAUGGGCCUGGCCCCCCGGCUGAGCGGCCCCCAGCCGGGGAUGGGGACGAGGGCGACAGCAACCCGGGUCUGUGGCCAGAGCGGGACGAGGACACCCCUGGUGGGGGCCUCUUUCCACCCCCAGUAGCCCCGCCAGCUGCUACCACGCAGAAUGGCCACUAUGGCCGGGGUGGGGAGGAGGAGGUGACCUCACUGUCAGAGGUAGCCCCAGAGCCAGGAGACUCUCCCGGUUUCCUGUCGGGAACAGCUGAGGGUGAGGACGGUGAUGGGACUGAUGCAGAUGGGCUUGCGGCCAGUACGCUACUACAACAGAUGAUGUCGUCGGUGGGCCGUUCGGGGUCAGCACCAGCAGGGGACAGCGAUGAGGAGUCUAGGGCAGAUGACAAGGGCGUCGUGGACUACUACCUGAAGUACUUCAGCAGUGCCCAUGACAGUGACGUCUACCCUGCUUGGUCGCAGAAGGUGGAGAAGAAGAUCCGGGCCAAGGCCUUCCAGAAGUGCCCCAUCUGCGAGAAGGUUAUCCAGGGUGCUGGCAAGCUGCCUCGGCACAUCCGGACCCACACUGGUGAGAAGCCCUAUGAAUGCAACAUCUGCAAGGUCCGAUUCACCAGGCAGGACAAGCUCAAGGUGCACAUGAGGAAGCACACAGGUGAGAAGCCGUACCUGUGCCAGCAGUGCGGGGCGGCCUUUGCCCACAACUACGACCUGAAAAACCACAUGCGCGUGCACACCGGCUUGCGGCCCUACCAGUGCGACAGCUGCUGCAAGACCUUCGUCCGCUCCGACCACCUGCACAGACACCUCAAGAAAGACGGCUGUAAUGGCGUCCCCUCUCGCCGUGGCCGCAAGCCCCGUGUCCGGGGCGGGGGGCUCGGGGGACCCGACCCUGGCCCUGGGGCCACUGCGCCGCCCAGCGCCUCCGCCCCACCUGGCUCCCCUGAGGCCCGGCGCAAUGGCCAGGAGAAGCACUUUAAGGACGAGGACGAGGACGAGGAGGAGGCCAGCCCUGAUGGCCUGGGCAGGUUGAAUGUAGCGGGUACUGGCGGAGGGGGUGGUGAUGGGGCCACUGGGACCCCUGCUGACGGCAGCUUCGCAGCCGGACUCGCCUGAAAACCAAAAAGAGAAAACAGAAACCCGAGAGAGAGAGAAAAAAUCACCCACCCCACCCCCAA